CACAAAUAUUCUUGACUAAGAUAACGUUUAUGCAACAUUCACCUUUAAUUGUGGCUUAAGAUUUAAGAACAUCAUUCAGAUUGGUAGUGAGAGAAUAGAGAUAAGGAAGCAGUGUCAAUUACAAACACAUAGCUGCUAUUAACUCACAUUUCGCUUUCUUUAUCCUUUUCAUAUACAUGCUUUCUUCAAAUUCAUUUUCAUUACCUUUUAGUCCAAAUGUAACACAAACAUUUCAAAGUUCAUUCUCAUUUCAAAGACUCUUACGUAUAACUCAGGGCGAAGAGGAGCAAAGAGAGUGAUGGCUGGGGCAUUCAAAAAGUGCAUGUUGCUGUGUUGUACCAGCAAAAUUGUCUCGAAGGAAGACAUGGCUGCAGAGUCGUACGACGAAACCAUCGCAUCGCUGACCAAGCUUCUCGAGGAGAAAGCUGAGCUAAGUAGCAUCGCGGCCAUUAAGAUCAGGGAGCUCACGGCGGAGUUAAAGGCCACCGCUGAGAAACCGUUUAACCCGAAUGAGAGGAUCCGAUCCGGCUUCGUCCAAUUCAAAACAGAAAAAUUCGAGAAAAAUCCUGAUCUGUACGGUGAACUUGCCAAAGGCCAGAGCCCAAAGUUUAUGGUGUUUGCUUGCUCAGAUUCAAGAGUUUGCCCUUCCCAUAUUUUGGAUUUCCAACCAGGUGAAGCCUUUGUGGUCAGAAACAUCGCCAACAUGGUUCCACCAUACGACAAGAGCAAGUAUUCGGGAGCAGGGGCGGCCAUUGAAUAUGCUGUACUACAUUUAAAGGUGGAGAAUAUUGUAGUAAUUGGACACAGCUGCUGUGGAGGUAUAAAGGGUCUCAUGUCUAUCCCAGAUGAUGGGACCACCGCAAGUGAAUUCAUAGAAAAUUGGGUCCAAAUCUGUAAUCCAGCAAAGUCCAAGGUUAAAACAGAAACAAGCAGCUUAAGCUUCUCAGAGCAGUGUACAAACUGUGAAAAGGAAGCUGUGAAUGUAUCAAUUGGGAACUUAUUGACUUAUCCAUUUGUGAGAGAAGCUGUUGUGAAGAAAGCACUUGCUUUGAAAGGAGCACAUUACAAUUUUGUGAAUGGCACUUUUGAGCUCUGGGAUUUGAAUUUCAACGUUUUGCCCUCUGUGACCGUUUAAGGUCUCUCCAACAACAAAGUAAAGUUGCAGUAUAUAUCAUGAAUUAGUCUUUUGGAAGAUGUUUUGUGGUUGUAAUUGGUAAACCACCGAUAAAGAAACGUGCAUUCAGCAAUAAUAAUGUUUUAUCAACAAACAAAAAUAAACCAAGUAUUUUUUGUUUUCUAUCAA